AUGCUUUCACGUGUAUCACGUCGAAUAAUAAAAGCGCAUCAAUAUUAUAGUCUUCAAUUAUUAAAUGAAAAAAAACGAAAAAAUGCAAAUAAAAUCGAUGAUAAUUACUAUUAUCAAGAAUUUUUCAUUCCAACUGCUGCCAAUAUGUUUAAUUUAACAAUGCUCAUGUAUAAUGAUUCGAACAUGGAUGUUCAUGUUAGUGCACUUAGUGAAGAUAAUAUUCGUGUUUCAUUGGCUAAGGGCAAAAAGAUAUUUCAUGCUGUUAAACAUGACAGUCAACUAUUAAUCAAUGCUACUCAAUAUUAG